AUGUCUAUGUUGCUAGUAACCGGUAUGCGGCUUAUUAUUCGUUUCUUGAGGAAAUCUCUUCCAUUGUUCCUUACCUGCAUUGCUUUCCUGUUCACCGUACGAAUUUGGCGAGUAUGGAAUGACAUCAAUUUAAACGUGGAUUUACUAGUAACUCUUUCUCCGGAUGAGCAAUCGAAAACGCACCCAACAAAAUCAAUCAUUCAAUUGAAUGCCUUGGCAACUCGUGCGGUAACCCGUGUGCCUGCUCUUCAACACCAUAUUCAUCGCACAAGACUGCUGAGCACGGCAAUUUGCCCCAAUUCGCUGUUUCUCCUUAUUUUGGUAUCAACGAAUGUUGGGAAUUUUGACAGGCGCCAUCUAAUUCGCAAGACAUGGGGCGCCGACUACUCGAUCAAAACCAAGUGGAAAACCGUUUUCCUUUUGGGGAAAAACGACAAACACGAUGAAAUGAGCAAGGUGAAGACGGAAUCCGAAAUAUACGGUGACAUGGUGCAAGCAGAUUAUCAUGAACAUUUCUGGAACAUGAGUUAUAAAGUUGCCAUGGGGUUUGAAUGGUCUCUGAAAUAUUGCACUUUUGAUUAUCUUCUUAAGUCCGAUGAUGACGUGUUUGUGAACACUUUCGGUUUGAUGGAUUUUCUUAGCAAAUAUACGACACCAAAGAAAAAGUUUUACACCGGGAAUCUCAUGGCUGGAAGUAUUGUUUUGCGAAAUGGCAGAUAUGGUGUCGCACCUGAGGAAUACAAUGAAACCGUUUAUAAGCCAUACUGUAGCGGAGGAGGGUACAUUUUGUCACGCGACGUGGUUGAAAAGUUUCUUUCGUAUUUUGACGUUUUAAAACCCCUUAAGAUCGAUGAUGCUUACAUUGGUAUAUUGGCAAAUAGAGCUGGCGUUAAAGUGACACAUAAUAAAGAAUUUCGUAUGUAUGAAAACAAGUGUGAAUACAAGGAAACCACUUUAGUUCAGCAUCCAGCGAGAGGAGAAUGCGCGUUAAAGCUUUACAAUAAAAUGAUCGAAGGUAUAUUGAAUAAUUAAUGUUGGAUUUGAAUUAAAAUUAAAUGUGGAGAAUUAAUUUUAAACAACAAUAGACAGAAAUUAAAAAAAAUCAACUUUUAAACAAAUCAACUUUUGUUUUGAAAUAAAUUUUUGCAAUUAAAUUAUACAAGUUUAUCAUCAGAGCUUACUUUAAGACAACUAAUUACAUUUUUUACAAUUAGCAACCUUAAGAGGUAUGGAAUACAAAACUUAAAAGCAGCCAAAAUGAUUGUACCAUGCAGAGCCUAUGAUUUUGUAGACAAUCAACACAUUUCAACUAACAGAGCUUUAUCAAUUAUUGUAGAAUCCUAUUUGUUUUACAUAUUUACAAAAUUCAGCUGUAUGCAUAUUUAUGGCUCAACUUUUUUCCAAGCAUUUAAUUAGUGGAGACAAUGAAAACACAGGUGGGUGAAGAAUGGCAGCGAUCUGGGGACAAGUGAAAAUUAUUGCCUACCAAGAUUUCCACCAUUUUUGCUUUCUCACUUUUCUAAUUUCUUCACUCGCUAGGUGCCUGGCACUGGCUAUGUAAGACUUAGAAAAGUGUGAAUGAUCUAGAACUUGUCUGGUAUUUUUGAAAUUGAAAGUACCCAUUAGAUAUGAUAAAUAGUGCAAGAGCAAAAUUACUUUGUAUAUGGUUCAUUUAUCCCAAUCCCAAAUUCAAUCAGCUGCAAUAGUGUACAUUUCAGAAAUAUUUUAGGUGUUUAUAGCUUUCUGAAUGAGAAAAUAAGUUUCUCUGAGCAACCCAUUUAAACAAAGUAGAUGUUGUCAUUUAAUAUACCAUACACUGUAUGGGGAUUUUAUCAUUUUUAGUUACUCUAUAUUUUUUCAUAGAUGUUUAUUCUCAUUAUUGUCCUUUUGUAAGUGAAAAAUAUCACAGAGAUAGCAGAACAUCAGUUUUCUUCUAUAUCACAAACAAUCAUUGCUAAGACAGAUCCAGGACUUAGUUAGCAGUAACUGUUUUCUCUAUGUAAAUUGUAGUGCAUGCAACUUUAUGGAAAAUAUGACUAAAAGGCUUCUAUUGAGAACAAGCAAUUUUCUUGAUGUUUCAAAAAGAGCUUUUGGGGGAUGCUUUUGCUACAGACUCCUUGUCACUUGAUUUUAGAACUUUCCAAUGAGACUUAAACUGUGAUGUAUUAAUAUAAUGAAGUAAAUAAAGUUGUAAUUUAACAAUAACCU